CGGCAAUCGAGGGCAACACUCCUUUGCAGAUCAGCAUCUCACGGCCAGAUUCAAGGGCGGUCGGACACGGCUAGCAGCCUCGUGAUGGCCCGUCUCUGCACAACUCUGGCCUCGCUUACUCGCCCUGCCUGCGCUGCCCGCCGCCGCCGUCUCGCCACCUUACAUUUGACUCUUACAUUUGACUCGUCAGGCAACGUGGCUUGGGAAUCUGUCAAAGCAGAGUGUCUGCAGCACCAACUCAUCCCUGACGCCUCAGCUUGAGGUCUCACAAAAAGUCUCAUCAUGGCUGGCCAGAUACGUACACAGCUAGUAUUCUCAUACGUAAUCUAGUGUCACCAGCCCUGGAGUUACUCGAGACACCCCAUGCGAAGCUCGUGGUGUCAAUCAACCCCUGGUCGUGCUUCAACUCUCACUAACCCUAUUGCCGUGGGGACCGCAAGGAGUCGAAUUUUGGAUGGCUGACGGCCCAAACUCCACGCGGCAAAGCCUUGGUCUAGCUAUCGACGGCGAUCCUGAGACACGCGACGACCGCUCAUCGUUGAGCCCAGGAACCCACCACCUGGGAGCUUUGAUCAAUUUCGGUAAGGUCUAUGGCGGCUGCGCUAUACGGCCACCAUUUGCGCUAUCGGCCACCGGCCAGGCUCCUGAUCUCCUACUAGCAUCUUCGCGAAGGAAAAGCGGGGUCUGAUGGACAUCAACAAAGUCCCAAGGAGCGGACACUGGCAUCCAAACCGCCAAAUUGUGCUCCAUGGAAAAUAUGCUAUGCGCUCAAGCAUUAUGGAGUGCUGAAACAGUGCGGCCCGCCUUCUCUGCGAUUGGCCUAUGGCGAAUCAAAGGGCACCAGAGCACAAUAUUUCGCAAGCCACAGCAAAGUCGGCAACCGGUGCUUCCGCCGAGGCUGGUGUUGCUACGCGAUCUAAGCACAAAGGGGCAAAUCCAAUGCAGCUCGCAAGCCAUUAUUCUCACUGUCUGCUAGUCGCAAGUUCUACAGUACCACACCCAAGGCAGCUGGGGUCCUAAUGCCACGGAGGGCGUCCAUAAUUCAGCCUAGAAGGCAACUUGCGAGAUUGUUUGCCCCAUGGAUGGACCUACACUGCUUUGCUUUGGGGCGCAGAGUCAGCGGUAGACCAGGCGGCCCCGUACAGUACAUUGUACAUUAUUGUUCGUACACAAUUGUGGUAAACAGGGGGGUGCCACGGCGUGCACCAGUCUCAGGAGUGACAGAGUUGUGGACUUGCUUCUGAAGCAGACUGCACUGUAGCGCUGACCACAACGUGGCCCUGGCCAGAGAUAGGAUUCUCCAUCCUACUAGGAGCCUCGUCUUGACGGGAGACCCAGGCAUACCCACAACGCCUGGGCGGGUUGCAAAUGUCAGGACGACCUUGGGGUCAUUGGGCAGGAAUAGAGAAGGGCAGUGCCAGUGUUGCAGCAUACGACGGCUACCGCCAGUUCUCGAAGACAGCCUUCGUACCAUGGGUGGCUGUCACGGAGGCCAGGCGAUUGGCCACUAGGUGUGAUUGGGCGCGAGCAUUGCAGCGAGCGAAGCUCCCGCAGUCAGAAAACAAGGCUAGUGACUGAAGCCAGCAUGCGUGCGUACUUCUCAGUCCGACAGCCUGGCAGUCGAAGUGUCUUGUCUGCCAUUCUUCAUUCUGGCCCGCCACCCACCAGCGUCUUUGAAACACGAGCGAGCGAAGAGGACACACGGUCCAGGCCAGAAGCAGACUAGGAGACUCCGACCGACAUUUCCGGCUCUACCACACCCAAGUUGCAGAGAAAGCAACCCGAUCAAGGAUGCUUGCCCACUCACUACCAGGCUAGUCCCCCGACCUACCGAUGAGUCGAUCACAGUGCUACUCUCAUGUCCGAUGCCAGUUUGCACUGGCGUCCAAAGCCCGCCAAUGGUGGCAGCCGUGCACCCUUCACUUUUGAGCCUUUCCACAAGUCAGACACCAUAAGCUAGAGACUCUACGUUGGGCAAGCCUAGAAACAAACACAGCAGACGGGAGAGGAAUCAGAGGAACCAGCUUGUCACCCGUUGGCGUUACAGUUCGAAUCUCUCUGACUCAAGAGCAUUGGCUCUAUCUCCAUCCAGACGUAGACUCCCGAUAAAUUGCUGGCAACCCGGGUGACAAAAGAGCGGCAACCCUGCCAGCCAACAGAGGGGGCAAGCCGUGCUUCGGAUGACCAUCUCGAAUUUCAUUCUUGCCUACCCCUGGUCCUGGGCGGGAGAACGUCCAGCGUUCGACAGAUGCAGGCAGCCAACUGUUGUCUCGCUCCAGUGAGCGGUGAUUGACACGCUAGGGCAUACAUAGUACAGGAGGGCCACAACACCCGCACGUUACUGGUCAAUGUUAGCGCUGGUGGACGGUCUCGCAAGGAACGCUGAUCGGUGGUGAGUGACCAGAAAUGCGCCCAGCCACCUGGUGAUCCGUCCAUCUUGUCUGGCAUUUUGGUCAAGGCAUGCGACCCACCGGUCCUUGCUGCCAGGCCGUGCCCGGCUGGCCCUGCACCGUCCAGUCCGCCUUAAACCGAAACGGCUCAUGGGCGUCCUCGUCAUCCCAGCGUCAGACCACAGCCCAGGGUUCGCCAACCUUUGACGCAUCGUGGUGGACCUUCUGGUCUUCCUGGCGUUCUAUUCGUAGCACCUUCUGACCAGGCUCUGAUAGCACUUUUGCCCCACUGGCAUAAGUGACAUGGGGCAAUCACGUCCGUGCGUGGACGUUUGCCAUGCUCGCCAUGCCUGUCUGGAUUCGAACUACCGUCAUACCUAAAUGGACCCAGUGUUAUAUUGCCUCGACACCUCAAUAACGCCCUCCAUAUCAAUAUCAACCUCACCAACAAACAACAUCCUCACUCCGCCAUACCAACCGCUCAUCCUUCACCUUAACCAUACUUUGUCUGCUUUUCAACCUAUCUGUCUAUUCGUCUUUAACCAUUCGCGCUGCUCCUGGAACUCCUCGCCAUUCAGCCGACACAACCCAGCUUCAUCCCAUUGGACAUAUUCCACAGGACUGGCCAUAUUUCUUAUAUUUUCAUCUGUUCUCAACCAUCAGUCUCUGAAACCUGUUUCUGGACCCAUGUUUUGAGCAAUCCGUCGUCUUUUUCUUGGUCCUCGCCGACUUCCUCCUUUUCCUAGAGCAAGUACUCCGUACUUUUGGGCUCUCCCAAUAAUGCUACCAACACCACCCUCGUCUCCCCAACUCGCCACCUCUCUUGCGCCUGAGGACAGACUGGGUUGCGUGUUAGCCGGUCGAUUGGAACUUGUCUCUAUCCUUGGAGUUGGUGCCUAUGGAGUGGUCUACCAGGCCGUCGACAUCCUGACCAACAUCACUUACGCGGUCAAGGCUCUCCCCAAAGCCGGAUUGGAUCCCAGGGCACGGCGCUUCCAGCGACGAGAGAUUGCUCUUCAUCACCAGGCGAGCCAACAUCCCAAUGUGGUAUCCUUGCUCCGCAUUCUUGACAGCCCGGACUGCACCUUUGUCGUGAUCGAAUACUGUCCCGAGGGUGAUCUUUUCUCCAACAUCACCGAACAAGGCCGAUUCGUGGGCGAUGAUCAAUUGGCCAAGCAUGCCUUCUUGCAAAUCCUGGAUGCUGUCCAUUUUUGUCACUCCGUUGGGAUUUACCACCGGGACCUGAAGCCUGAGAACAUUCUGGUCACUGACGAGGGUCGUACUGUCAAAUUGGCCGAUUUUGGACUGGCAACCACCGAUGCGAUCACCUCAGACUUCGGUUGUGGCUCGACAUUUUACAUGUCACCAGAAUGCCAACAAGCUCCGAGCCGGCCAUAUGCUCGCUACGCCGCCGCUCCCAAUGAUGUCUGGAGUCUCGGUGUCAUUCUGGUCAACUUGACCUGUGGUCGCAAUCCUUGGAAGAAGGCCUCCCCGGAAGAUUCCACGUUUCGAGCUUUCCUCAAGGAUCCCAAAUUCUUGAGCUCGAUCUUGCCCAUCUCGCCCGAGUUGAACUUGAUCUUGAGACGUAUUUUCGAGUGUGACCCGAACAAAAGGAUUACGCUCCAGGAACUCCGGGAGAUGAUCAUCAACUGCCCCAGGUUGACGAUGAACCCAUACAACAGCCUCCCUCCUACUCCUCCUCAGACACCUUACGACUACGUGGACCCGAUGGACUGUGCUGGCAUGGCCCUGCCACCGUCUCCGCCGGCUUCUCCAGCACCUCAGCAGCCGUUCGACUCUCAAGUCUCAGGAUGGUCCUUGUUUGAACCUUCAUCGAAGCAGGGUUCGUCAUGUUCUUCCCUCUCCACGGAUUCUGGUUACGAGUCCGAGGUUCAUUACACCGAUGCGGGUCAACCUUGUCAGCCUCCAGUCUUCAACUUCUACGGCAACGUCAUUCCUCUGACCGAGCACGACAAACCUUACUUUACACCACCUACGUUUGUACCAGCUGUUGCCGCCUUUUAAUCUUCGACAUUUGUCUACAUACCCUUGCGCAUUACUCUGGCCGACGCUAUCACGAUGUUACGGUGUUACGAUUGGGAAUCGUUAUUCCUGGAUACCCGGAGGUUACGAUCUUUUUAUUGCACCUUUGUUGCUGGACCGGAACAGUUUCUACUUUUGCCUGGAGAUUUGAUGAAUUAUACCGUUUUAGUGCGGAACAAAACGAAAGCAUUGUGUCGGAGUUGGGGGUUUUUAGACAGCGAAUGGGGUUUCCCGAGUACGGAUGUGAAUGUUCUUGAGCCUUUUGUUGCAGAAGAGUUUGAAGAGAAAAGGAGGCAAAGGCGCAAAAUUACAGUUGUCACUGUCUCUCUCAGUCCAAGUGCUGGCACGAGAAGAUAUGUGAUUGAAGAUGGGAGAGGAUUUUUGUCGCAUUACUGCAGCACCGAAUUGUACACUGUGUGGUUGCCAGUCAUCUUUUCUUUUAGCUAUAUGCCCUGUGGAACCAUGGAUAGCAAGAUGGCCACAGUCGAACAUCCGACCAAGGACAUGGACCCAGGUAUUACUCAGUCUGGUCUUCGAAAGUGGUUCUACCAUGGCUCUAAUAGAUCACCAAAAACGCAAGCAAUCAAUCAAAGAAUUGGAAGACUGGAUACUUGAUACCCUCCGAGGACACCUGGCUUGAUCCGUGCGGGCUUCAAAUCCCAGAGUAGGCCUUUACAAAAUCAAUUAUUGUAUACUAGCAAGACAUAUUGUGACUCUUUUGACGGGGCAGUAAACAUUUCAAUUCAGAGCGAUGUCCCCGCUGGUCAUGUGACCCUGACGAGAAUGAGGAUGAAGGAGGGAAUCCUUCACUACAGCCUUCCAAGUUCCCAAUCCAACACGGAGCAAUACCACGACCACGGCACCUUGAUCAGGCGGUAGUCACAGGCCUGAGUUCACUCUUUCGGCUCACCACCAAGUCGAAUACUCCACCAAGGAUUAUACUGUAUCAAGAAAAAAUGCCUACCAUGGCUACCUCGCCAGGGGUUUGCACCUCUCCGGAUCCUUGGUCUCUCUCUUUCCUUUCUUGCACUCAGGUCGACUAGACAUCCACACCAGGCGUUUUCGGUUCAGCUCGCACACGCUCGUGGCUGGCUUUUCCGGAUGCUAUUCCUGAUGACAGUCGAGUGUGUCUGUCCGUCUGCCACGGUCGCCUUGAGUUCUGCCGCUCACCAAGCGACUAAUGCAAGCCUCUUUUGUUCCAGCCCUGAUUUUGACAGCACAUGCGUCAGUCCGGUUAUUCGGCCGCGCCCAGCAAGACCGCGUAUAGGUUGUAGGAGGCAUUGGCCGCCUUACUUUGCUGCCAUUGCCCCUCCAUCGCUCGAUUUUCCCUCUCCUCCCGGUAUCUUGUUCGCUACUCACCUAUUUCCGCCACACGCUACUGCAUCUCACCUACAUCCAGACGUGGCAUUUUGAUUUGUGGUUGUUGUGUAUAGCGGGGAACUAUUGGCCUGGGGUGUUCCUUGCUUCCCGCCUUUCUGGGGCGAUACCACUGCUACUGCCCGUCUCUCCGGCUCUCAAGCCUUUGAAGCCCCUGUAGAUGGGCCUCACGAGGGUUUUUGCAGGUGUUAGAAAGAAGCGGAGGAAUCCUAUCAUCAAACAUCACAGAAAGUGUAUCGGCCGAAAUGCCCCGCCAUCUUGGGAUCUGCCUCAGUGCUACCGGCUCUAUAGUCGCUGAUCAGAAAAUAUCUUGGUCCCCUUAGCUUACAAGGCGGCCCUCCAUGAUGCACCUCCUUCAUGCAGGAGGCUUCACAGAGAGACGCCCGCGUGCUACGAAUGUGCUGAGCCUUGACAGUUUCCUGGGUCCUUCGGAUCGACGACUCCAACGCUGGCACUGGCACUGGCAUGGCUGGACACAACGUGGUCAUGCGUACACUGUGGCACCGGGUUUUGCCCAACAACAGCCUACUACUGCCAGUGCUGUCGGUGGCUGCUCUCUUACGGCAUGCAUCCCUGUUCUCCAGGACUGGACUUGUGCCCCCAAAAGCCAUGUCAGAACGCCCCCGACAGUCAGCCUGCCGCUUUUGUUGCACCCCAUGCGUUGUGACGGACACAACCCUUCCGUUUACCGUGGCGACUUGGAUAUGCUUGCAGAGGGAUUUCACCGGGCCCUUCCUUGUCUGGGGCCGCUGACUUUGACACGGUCACGUAUGUGAAGUCCGCUGUCGGGCUCGCUGCAUUGAGCACCCGUCUCCUUUGGGGUGUUGGUCACCAGCGCAUCGCGUUUCAAAGAUUGCGUCACCGGUCCGAAGCCUCCCAACUCUUGAUAUGCCUUGCAGUGGGUUGUUGACAGAUUCCUAACACAUCCGUGCCCGUGGGUAACACGAGAGGUGUCAACGUUCAGCUGCGGGGUUACAAAUCCUGGGCAGCCAACAGGCUCUGCAAGGGGGUCAAAAAACGGUGAGGUCGAGCAGAUAGCAGAGCGCGCUCAUCGUUCGGAUUGGUAGUAUUGUGCUGCCAGAACCACGCUCUCCUACCGAAGCGAGGUUGACUUGACCCCAAAGAAGUUGGGUUAUAGGUCUCCGCGGCAGGCUAGACGUCGUUUUCACCAAUAGUUCGUCGUCCUUGGAUAUCUGCGCAUCGCUCUUAUUCAAACCUUCGCCCCUAGCGCCAACUUGGGACAUGUCUGGGCUCCUCGGAGUUGCUGAUCAAGCGGUGGCUUGCAUCCAGACGCUGAGCCGAAUCUGUUGCUUACAGCACAGUGCAGUACCGCGUGAAGUCGACCCCUAGUAGGUGCUGUUGCUGCAACCAUGGAAAUGCGGAAAGUCAGGAUAGCAGGUAAGGGAAAACUACUCGGUGAGUUCACGGAGGAUAGGACUGCACUGCUGUGUUCACUCCAAGCAAGAAUUUCCGGGCUGCCCACACUGGACAACAACCCAAAAGACAAGGCCUUAUGAUGUGCAAACAACGGCUACCACCUGGGCCAAAAGUCACGUUACUUGCCCAGGUAUCAAUUGUACAGAGCCUCUGCGUCCAGCAUGAGCGUCCAGCACGCUCUGCUUCCGCUUCUGCUUCAUGGCGCCGUGUCAGUUUUCCUUGUCCUCGGAUAUUGAGUCUCACAGUUGGUUCCUCUAAGCGGGAAAUCAUGACAUGCAUUAUUGCAGAGGGAUAGUGGUUGGUAGGUCCUAUUGCUCCGUGUACACGAGCUGGUCGCAGGGACUUGAGGGAUUCUUAUUGCUGCGGUUUGAAGAAACUCGUCGUCGUCGGAUUGGCCAUGUACGAGCUCACGUUGCUACAGACGGUUAAUUUCUUCUAUCUGCCAGCUGCGUCAGGAAUUGCGAGUACCACUUCCAUACGGUCUACAGAAUAUGCCAUCAGUCAGGCAAGUCGCAGGCUCUUGAAGCGGGAGUUGACCUCCCUCUCACAGAUGGAUCAAGGAAGAGCAGAGACACUGCCUAAGCAUACCAAUACGAUGCUGCGUUUGCCUGAGGCCACAAUGACUAUUGGUGCUAUCUGGACGCUACAGGUAAGAGGUGGGUGCAAUUAAUGGAUCACGUGUGACCAGGACGUGUUAUGCAUGGCCAACUAUCGUUGCUGAUCACUGCGUACUACUACUAUACUACGGCCGGCCAGUUAAGCCGGUGUGGUAGUUUUUGAUUUGGUUGGCACAGGACGUGCAAUGCCCCUAAUUUGGAGCGUCGACAACGCGGCUCUGCACGGAUCAAAUUUCAUUGAAGCUUCGUGCUAGCACCAGGUACACAACCUGUGGUUGUGGUAGUGCUGAAUCCUACUGUGAGCAGUACAGCACGAAGUGGUCCUUCGGUCAGGACGCUGUGGUCUCGAGGUACUGCAUUGGCAGCGUCGAAGUAGCAUAUCUGGCCUUUUCUCAUAUCAUUGUCCAAACAGCCUGAGCACAGCACGGAUCUGGCCGGAAACAGGAAUCAGUGGUGGAUGAUGAAAAGUGGGCUUUGGUUCAGCCUCGUCGAUCAUUUUUGGGGACCCGGACUGCCAGUCAGUGGUUGGUUUGGCGAAAGCAAUCAAUAAUACUACUGCCUAACUUUUUCAGCAGAGCCUCCUUUCUCAACGGUCGACUCGAACCAUGGGCCCCGCUCAACUUUAUUUUACUUUGCUGGCUGGUGCUGCCAGGCAGGAAUUGGUCCCAAGCUGAGGUGGUCCGUGGAUAGGGAUAGGGAAACUACCUAGGUACCAGAUCCACCACAACUCAGAUUUCGAGUUCGGCAAGCCCAAAGAGGGUCUUGGGCCUCAAGGCUAGCUAGUUGUAGAGCAACAACCGUGCGUUAUUCAAGUUGUGGUGAUUGGAUUGGUGAUAUUUAUUGUUAGGGAAUUGGAUGGGGUCACUACUGGCACUGCAGUAGGUACCCAGUGGACCAGAGCUGAGUGCUGAAGCUCUGCAGGGACGUCUGUUGAUAGGAGCCAUAUUAUAUUGCUACAACGUUGUAGUACGACUAGAUAGAUUGGUACUAGUGGUGCAAUCAAUCAUUUGGGGGAGGAAAGAAAUGGAUGGCCCGAGCGGACGGCUAGCUACCUACCUAGGCAGAGGUACAGUACCAGCCUGGUACUUGCUGACUUGCUGUGAUUUGUGUACCACAGUAGAGUACAUACCGCGUACUCUGGGGUGGACACGGACCCGUGCGGUAGGUUGGUACCUAGGAAUCAUCUCGA